UGGAAGAGAGGGGACAUGUGGCAGCCGGCGAGCGAGAGACUGCAGGACUUGUCCGCAUGAGAAAGGGUUGGAACUUGAAGCAGGUUACAAACUGAAUAUCAGGAGAUCUGAAGCAGAAUGGAGAUUGCAGCCUGUGCAACUUUUUAACUGAAGCACUUCCAGACCAUGAUAAAGUCAAAGCUGAACGUGUUAACCCUUCGUAAGGAGCCUCUGCCAGCUGUAAUCUUCCAUGAGCCAGAAGCUAUUGAACUUUGUACCACGACUCCGCUCAUGAAGCCCCGGCCGCAAGCGGGAUGCAAGGUGACGUACCUGGGAAAAAUAUCUGCAACAGGAGUCCAGUUUUCAUCAGGAUGUACAGAGCAGCCCGUGAUUGAAUUGUGGAAAAAACACACUUUGGCCCGUGCAGAUGUGUUUCCUUCCAAUGCCAUUCUGGAAAUCCGUCCCUUUCAGGUACGGCUCCACCACCAAGACCUCAAGGGUGAAGCUACUGUGUGUAUGGACACCUUCCAGGUGGCAAGGAUUGCCUAUUGCACAGCAGAUCAUAAUGUAAGCCCCAACAUCUUUGCCUGGUUCUACAGGGAAAUCAAUGACGACCUGACCUUCCAGAUGGAUUGCCAUGCAGUAGAAUGUGAGAGCAAGAUAGAAGCCAAAAAGCUGGCACAUGCCAUGAUGGUGGCCUUCAAAAAAACCUUCCAAAGUAUGAAGAGUGAUGGGCGAAUCCACAAAGACAGCUUCUCCGAAGAGACGUCUCAAGAGUUUGAAUCUGAUGAUGGCUGAACGCACUUGGUCCUGUUCCCGGAUUAGGCAUCUACAGUCUGGAGCAGCAGCAGCUGGUGAGAGGUCUGUAUUGGGAAUGGGACCAUGGAACAUUAGCUGGGCCGCUUCCUGCAGAUAUCUGCAGCAUCUUCAGCGCUGCAUUCAUGAAGUGUGUGUUACAAUGCUGCUUUCCCAAAAAAUGUGACAACACUUGUCCCUUAACCCUCUCCUACCGGAUCCUAAUGGAUGUCAAGAUUUGAACUAUCCUAUGACUGUGCCAAUUGCCUUGUAAAUUGAAUGAUCUCUUGCCAUUCUAGAUCAUUUGGGUCACUAUUUUGGGUGAACUGAAAUGUUAAAUAAUGUCAAUCAGCCAAGUCCCAUUUUUAGGUGUUGCUUAUAAACAUUUCAAAAGUAUAUUUUUAUUUACACAGCAUAUAAAUUUGUAUAUGGUAUUUUUUUCUUUUAUAUUUUACCAUUAUAGCAUAUUUUUAAAACCAUAUGUGCAACCACUUAUCUACCUUCUGGAAAUAGUGUUAUCCCUGGGCGGCCUAUUAGAGUGCAUCCUAGGAGCUGCGGUUGAGGGGGGUUGGGGGGUUCAUACAGAGGCCAAAUAUGUUUUUUAGUUUACAUUCCAGUCUCUCAGCUUCUUAUUAUUCAGACAUCUUAACGGCAUAACCCAGUAGACGACUCUGUUGUGACCAAGCACUUUACACAUACCAUGUGGUACCUUACGGCAUCUUGCGUAGAUAUGUAGGUGGGGACAGAUUUAACCUAAACAUGCUUCAUAACUUGCUGCAGACCUCCAUGUCUUGUACAUCUUUUACUUCGGUUUGACUGAACUUUUUUAUACAAUUGUAUUGUGCCAAUUUUUUAUUCCCAGAAGUCCACUUUGCAGCAUAACCUGGAGAAUCCCAUACUUCAGGAGGUUAUACAAUGGUACACCGAUAUUCAUAAUCAGAAAAAUAAGCUUAUAUAACUAUGACGAUAGCAUGUGGUGACCAUAGAGAAGAAUACAUUAGGCAGUGUGCUCAUUACAUGACCGGUCAGAAGAACAUCGUGGUUUGCAGUGUCGAUUGCACAUGUUGGAUCUUGUUUUUUUUUUUUUAUAUCAGGCUCCCACAUGAAGGUCUGAUAAUAUCAGAUUAUGUAGGAUUGUGUACAUAGGCAUUUUCUGAAGUGAUACCCCUUUAUUAAGAUGUAUGUUAAUAGUUCAAAUGGUACUUUUUGGAUGCACUGUGAAUGUGGCAUAUCCAGUUUGCUGAAACUUAAAAUACAUUUUGCAUAUUUGUCAGAGAAAUUUACCCACAGAACAAGCUAUUUUAUUUGUCAGCGUGUUGCUUUUUUCAUAUAAAAAAUGUAUUUACAAAAUUAAAAUACAGACCUAUUUACGA